AUGAGUCAAAAUUUAAACUUCUUCUUCACAGAAUUCUCAGGUUCUCUGUUAACUGCAAAUUUCUCUGUAGAAAAUUCCACUUUGGGGAAUUUUAAUGAUAUAACUUUUUAAAAUGUAAAUGCUAGCUUCAUAAAUUAAUAAUCAAAACAAAUAUUGUAAUCAUUUCAAAACUUACAAUUUUUGAAUACGGAUUUCGCUAUUGGAAUAAUAAACUAAACUAUUUAUUCAUGUUAAAAUUUCGAUUAUAUUAAUCAUAAUUAUUAUGAUGUUCAAUAUGAAUGUUCCGAGAUUAUUAAAUAUUAAUCAUAAAUUAACAUUAAGAAUAAUUAAAUUUAAGGUUAUGCCUACUCAUUUAUCUAUAGUUUUGGAGUUUAAAUUAAUAGCUAACAAGUGUAUCUAUGUAUUAAUUGUUAAUCUCCUUCAAAUUCAACAUAUAUUUUAAAUUUUGAAGCCUUCUAAUAAUUCUAUUUGCUAUAUCAAUAGAUUGUACUUUUGCUUGAAUCAAAAGUAAUAUAAAUUUGCAGUUUUAGUGGAAAUUGUUCAAAUUUAAUAAUUAAUAAUUAUAGUUUUAUUCCAGUUGGUAUAGUAUUAAAUUAAUAAUAAUUUUCAUCAACUUUAUUUAUUAAUAACGAUUAAAGUAGCAUUAUUAUUGGAUAAAUAACAUAAUCGAAUAAUUAUAUUAUUAACAGUAUAAUAAAUGUUACAAUUCAGGUUUAGGAUAUUAAAAUUGUAAAUAAUCGUUUAAUAUUAAGUUAUAAUUGUUAAAAUAUUAAAUUUAUUUGUUUUUAAGUUUGGAAUGUUCAAAAUUUGAACUUUCCAUUUCUAGAAAAGAAUUUAAAAAGUAUUUAGAAUACAAAUAAUAUUCAAUUUUUUGCUGAUAAUCUUUUUUAUUAUGUUUAGACUAAUAAUUAAAUCUAUGUUUAUAAUCCUAUUAUGCUUCAACAUUCUUCAUUAUUUUAUACAUUUAACUAUACUGGAUCCUAUUUUACAACUUACUCUUAAGAUGUAGCUUUUAUUUCAUACAAUUCUUAAAUAUAUCUGUUAUCUCCACUUUUAAUUUACUCUUAUCAGACUACGUAAAAUAAUGCAAUCCCUAAUGAAAUAAGUUCGUGGUCUAAUAUAUAUAAUUUUUCAGUUUAAUCUUAAAUUGGAACUUAAAAUGUCGUCAAUAAUCCUGUAAAUUAAACAAUCAUCAUUUUGAAUGAUUUUUUGAAUAUUUCAUUGAUAAAUUAACCAUAUAAUGUGUCAGAAAGUCCUGUAAUAUUAACAAAAAAUAAUAUAACUUCUAGUGGAUAAAUUGGAUGGUUUGAUAUAAAUUGUACAAACUCUAAAUCCUAGGUUAUCAAUAUUUUGAAUUAAACAAAUUUGACUUCUAUUAAUUGCUAAAUAAUUACAGUUUUUAAUUAAUAAAUAUUAUGCAAUUCUAUUUCAUAUAACAAAAGUACCUCUAGUUAUUAUUAAUAUUACUUGUUAUAACUUUUUAAUAUGACCUCAGAAGGUAAAUUUAUUUAAGCAUCAAAUAAGGAGGAAUAUAAAGAAUUGUAAUAAUGUACUAAGAUUAAUGCCCAAAUGAAUGCUAGUUAUAUAUUUAUUUAUUGUUAUUAAUAAAUUUCGUUAGGUUAUUAUAAAAAUGACUUAUUUAGGAUCAAUAUAACAAACUAAUCUUUAGGUAAUAUUACCUAUUUGACAAGACUUAAUUAUUCAAAUGUGAAUAAUUUUAUACUUUAAGAUGAUAUAUUAUACAUCUCUGAUUACUAUAAUAUUACAAUCUAUGAUACAUCUUUGAAUAUUUCUUAAAGUAUCCUAAAAAAAUGUUAGAUGCCUAAUUUUUAACCCUUUGUUUUUUAUCAAUCAAAUUAAUCUUUUUAUGCAAUAAUUUAUAUAUGUUAAAAUGAUACAAAAUUAUAUUAUUAAUUAGGUAGGCGUUAUCAACAAGAAAAUAUAACUUUUAUUUCACCUAAACAUUUAUAAAUAUAAGAUUACUUUUAAUUUGAUUCAUACCUUGUUGGAAUUUAAAUAGUUAAACAAUAAAUAAACUAAUUUGCAAUUAUGUGCUUUAUUAAACAGUUCAAUAUUAUUAUCAAAUUAGAAUAUGUAAUUGAUUAAAUGGAUUUUUCACAAUCUUACCUAAAAUUUAAACGAUUAUUGUAAUAUUCUCCUCCAAUAAUGGCUAAUAAUUCAUAUAGAUUUUUUGAUGCAGUAAUUUCUAAUGAUUUAGUUUUAGUAAAUUAUCUAUACAUUAACUAAUUCAUAUAUCAAUUAUCGAUUCUUUACAAUGUUUCUGAUUUAAAUAUAGGAAAUUAUGAUUCCCAAUAUUUACUUACAGGAGCUAUAAGUUAGUAAUAGAUAUAAAAUAUUUUAACAUUUAAUAGUUCGUAUGGAUUCUUGUUAAACUCCAAUUAUUAUCAAACUUCAUAUAAAAUUAGUAGCUUAAAAAUUGAAAUUUAUCUUUAAAGCUUAACUGAUACAUGCAAUUUAACUGCUUAUAAUUUUGUGAAUUAAAUGAUCGCAAAUUAUACAUUUAACUAUCAGUCUUAAAUACAUUUUGGAUUUGAAUAUGCACUAAUAGCAUUAUUGAUUAUAGUAUUUAUAGCAGCAACAAUACUAAUUUGGUAUAGGACAAAAGAUUAGAAAGAAUAAUUUGGGUUAGAAGAAUUUGAAGAAUUAGAGAUUGAAAAAUUCUAAUGA